CCCCCAUCACCCCUGUUCAUACAAUCCAUACAAUCACAACCAUACAUGUAAGAUCAGCAAUUCCUUCCUUCGCUUAUUUUGAGACAUCUUGAACCUCAGACACGAUCCUUGCUCCCUCAUCGGGUCCUUGCGCUGGACGCUCCUUCCUAGUCGACUUUGCUCAUCCGUGGAAACUCCAUGUCCUCAUUAUAAUCGCGCUCUUCCUUUCACAUGGCAUCGCCUCCCUACGGGGAUCGCGUCCAACGGCCUUCUUCUGCCGCGCCGCCGACUUCUGGAGAAGACAACUUUCUGUUCAUCAACCCACGCCGUAAAUACAAACGUCGAGGUACUGGUUCCGUGUCCGAAAGCAAGAGCGAACGCUCAGACGAUGAGGCAGGAUCUUCCAUGUCGGAAUCAGAAGAACACGAACUUAGCGCGCUGGACUCGGAUCCCGACUGGGAUGGUGAUGAAGAGACAGGUCGUAGCAAACACGAGAGGAAAGAAUACCUGAAAAGAAAGAGACGGCGUCAUGGCCUGGAUUCCCGUAUCGCAGGCACCGCAGUCAUUUCCAAAGACGACGUCGAGGAAGCAGACAAGAGUGUUCUGCAUCGACUUCUGAUCAAUGCCGGCCUCAUUGGCUUGUGGUAUUUCUUCUCUCUGGCCAUAUCCAUUUACAACAAGAUGAUGUUCUCUUCAGACCACCUCGACUUCCACUUUCCGCUGUUUGCGACCUCUCUACACAUGCUGGUGCAAUUUUGUCUGGCAUCCAUCAUCCUUCUCAUCUUCCCAUCUUUCCGACCAUCCCUACCACAGCCACCAACGAGUCGAGGCGAAUCUCAUCCUCAAAACCCAUUGGUGACGCCUUUAUUCUAUUUCACCCGACUUGUUCCAACGGGGACAACCACAUCACUUGAUAUCGGCCUCGGAAAUACCUCUCUUCGAUACAUAACCCUCACCUUCUACACCAUGUGUAAAUCUUCGGUCUUGAUUUUUGUCCUAGCAUUCGCAUUCCUCUUCCGACUGGAGAAGAUGUCCAUGAAACUUAUCCUCAUUAUUCUCGCCAUGACAACUGGCGUCCUCAUGAUGGUUGCGGGUGAGACCGCAUUCCACGCGCUUGGCUUCGCUUUGGCCAUGUCCGCAUCAUUCUUCUCCGGGUUCAGGUGGGCGUUAACUCAGAUCCUCCUCCUACGACAUCCAGCAACCUCGAAUCCUUUUGCAACGCUUUUCUUCCUGUCACCAAUCAUGUUUGUCUCAUUGACAAUCAUCGCCUGUCUCUCCGAGACUCCUGCUGCUGUCAUAACAGGAAUCCACAUGCUGGUGAGCACGCAAGGGCUCCUGAAGGCACUACUUCUGCUCUUCGUCCCUGGAUGUCUAGCUUUCUGUAUGAUUGCUAGCGAGUUCACUCUGCUCCAGCGGACGAGUGUUGUCACACUCAGCAUUUGUGGCAUUUUCAAAGAAGUGGUCACCAUCAGUGCUGCGGGAAUAGUGUUCCAUGACGAACUGUCGAUGGUGAAUAUCAGUGGACUGAUUGUCACAAUCUGCAGUAUCGCGAGCUACAACUAUCUGAAAAUCAAAAAGAUGAGAGAUGAAGCACGUACCAAGCUGCGGAAAAGGGAUGAUGACCAGGAAGAUGAAGCGCCUUUCGACGAUGAAGAUGUCUCCAUCGACCCUUUAGGUAACACGGAGGCAACGGAUGCCGAUUCUGUACCGCUUAUGCAGAGUCAGGAGGGCAGACAAGGCGCAUCGGUCGGUGCUUCAGGAUCCAGAUGAAAUUUGUGAGCGAAUGGCGGUUGUGGAAAUCAAACAAAGAGCCUGGGAGAGAUGGAGUAGUUCUUGCAACGAUGCACUGCGCUCGGCGUUGAUCAGCAGGCGGCCCGAUAGAAACACUCGAUUGCCCUUGAGAAGAUGUACAGAAUAGAAGCUUCACCGCUGGCCGCUUCGGCCACAAUGUCUCCCUUGCGUAGCAAGGCUGGUAGAUCAGGGAAUGUGAUUAUCAUUUGCGAUUUCGA